GCCCGGCGCGGACAUGCGCUCGCGCGGCGCCAGCCCGGGUCCGAGCCGCGCUGUGCGCCCCGCAGUGUAGCCCGCGCGCGGAGGCAGGCGGCCCGGCCGGGGCUGGACACGCUCGGCGGACGGCAUGGAGGCGGCGCACCUGCUCGCGGCCACCGACGUGCUGCGCGGCUUCGCGGUGGCGGCCGGGGAGGGCCUGAGCCCCGCACAGGUGGCGGCCGCGCGGGAGCGCCACGGGCCCAACGAGCUCCCAACGGAGGAAGGGAAGUCCCUCUGGGAGCUGGUGCUGGAGCAGUUUCAGGACCUGCUGGUGCGCAUCCUGCUGCUGGCCGCCCUCGUCUCCUUCGUCCUGGCCUGGUUUGAAGAGGGCGAGGAGACCACCACAGCUUUCGUGGAGCCACUGGUCAUCAUGCUGAUCCUUGUGGCCAAUGCCAUCGUGGGUGUGUGGCAGGAACGCAAUGCUGAGAGUGCCAUCGAGGCAUUGAAGGAGUAUGAGCCUGAGAUGGGCAAGGUGAUCCGCUCGGACCGCAAGGGUGUGCAGAGGAUUCGAGCUCGGGACAUCGUCCCUGGGGACAUCGUGGAAGUGGCAGUGGGGGACAGAGUGCCUGCUGACCUCCGGCUCUUGGAAAUCAAGUCCACCACAUUGAGAGUGGAUCAAUCCAUCCUGACAGGGGAGUCCGUGUCCGUGACCAAGCACACAGAUGCGAUCCCAGACCCCAGAGCUGUGAACCAGGACAAGAAGAACAUGCUGUUUAGUGGCACCAACAUUGCUUCGGGAAAGGCAGUGGGUGUGGUAGUGGCCACAGGCCUGAACACAGAGCUGGGAAAGAUCCGAAGCCAAAUGGCAGCUGUGGAGCCAGAGCGGACACCCCUGCAGUGUAAGCUGGACGAGUUUGGGCGGCAGCUGUCCCGGGCCAUCUCCAUCAUCUGCGUGGCUGUGUGGGUCAUCAAUAUCGGUCACUUUGCUGACCCAGCCCAUGGUGGCUCUUGGCUCCGGGGUGCUGUCUAUUACUUUAAGAUCGCCGUGGCCCUGGCUGUGGCUGCCAUCCCCGAGGGCCUCCCAGCUGUCAUCACUACCUGCUUGGCACUGGGCACACGGCGCAUGGCUUGCAAGAACGCCAUUGUGCGCAGUCUGCCUUCCGUGGAGACACUGGGCUGCACCUCGGUCAUCUGCUCUGACAAGACAGGAACCCUUACCACCAAUCAGAUGUCUGUCUGCCGGAUGUUUAUAAUAGCUGAGGCCGAAGCAAGCUCCUGCCGUUUGCAUGAAUUUACCAUCUCUGGCACCACCUACACCCCGGAGGGCGAAGUGCGCCAGGAAGACAAGAAGGUUCGCUGUGGGCAGUUCGAUGGGUUGGUGGAGCUGGCAACCAUCUGUGCACUGUGCAAUGACUCUGCGUUGGACUACAAUGAGGCCAAGAACACAUACGAGAAGGUGGGAGAGGCUACCGAGACGGCCCUGACUUGCCUGGUGGAGAAGAUGAAUGUGUUUGAUACUGACCUGCAGGCCCUGUCCCGGGUGGAGCGAGCCAGUGCCUGUAACUCGGUCAUUAAGCAGCUGAUGCGGAAGGACUUCACCCUUGAGUUUUCCCGAGACCGGAAGUCCAUGUCAGUGUACUGCACACCCACCCGCCCUGACUCGGCAGCCAGAGGCAGCAAGAUGUUUGUGAAGGGGGCUCCUGAGAGUGUAAUUGAACGCUGCAGCUCUGUCCGUGUAGGGAGCCGCACAGUACCUCUAAGUGCUACCUCCAGGGAGCAAAUCCUGGCCAAGAUCCGGGACUGGGGCUCAGGCUCAGAUACACUGCGCUGCUUGGCACUAGCCACCCGGGAUGCGCCCCCGAGGAAGGAGGACAUGCAGCUGGAUGACAGUACCAAGUUUGUGCAAUACGAGGUGGACCUGACCUUCGUGGGCUGUGUGGGCAUGCUGGACCCCCCACGGCCUGAGGUAGCCGCAUGCAUUGAACGCUGCCGCCAAGCGGGCAUCCGUGUGGUCAUGAUCACAGGAGACAACAAAGGCACAGCUGUGGCCAUCUGCCGCCGGCUUGGCAUCUUUGAGAAAUCGGAGGACGUGGAGGGCAAAGCCUACACGGGCCGUGAGUUUGAUGACCUCAGCCCUGAGCAGCAGCGUCACGCCUGCCGCACAGCCCGCUGCUUCGCCCGCGUGGAACCAGCACACAAGUCCCGCAUCGUGGAGUACCUGCAGUCCUUCAAUGAGAUCACAGCCAUGACUGGAGAUGGGGUGAACGAUGCCCCUGCCCUGAAGAAAGCAGAGAUCGGCAUUGCCAUGGGCUCUGGCACAGCCGUGGCCAAGUCGGCAGCAGAGAUGGUGCUCUCAGAUGACAACUUUGCCUCCAUCGUGGCUGCCGUGGAGGAGGGCCGGGCGAUCUAUAGCAACAUGAAGCAGUUCAUCCGCUACCUCAUCUCGUCCAAUGUUGGCGAGGUUGUCUGCAUUUUCCUCACGGCAAUUCUGGGUCUGCCCGAAGCCUUGAUCCCUGUGCAGCUCCUCUGGGUGAACCUGGUGACAGAUGGUUUACCAGCCACAGCCCUGGGCUUCAACCCACCAGACCUGGACAUCAUGGAGAAGCUACCCCGGAACCCUCGUGAGGCCCUCAUCAGUGGCUGGCUCUUCUUCCGAUAUUUGGCUAUUGGAGUGUAUGUCGGCCUGGCCACGGUGGGUGCCGCCACCUGGUGGUUUCUGUAUGAUGCAGGAGGACCUCAUAUCACCUUCUAUCAGCUGAGGAACUUCCUGAAGUGCUCCAGUGACAACCCACUCUUUGACGGCAUUGACUGCGAAGUCUUCGAGUCCCGCUACCCCACUACCAUGGCCUUAUCUGUGCUGGUGACCAUUGAAAUGUGCAAUGCUCUCAACAGCGUCUCGGAGAACCAGUCCCUACUGCGGAUGCCGCCCUGGCUGAACCCCUGGCUGCUGGCAGCCGUGGCCAUGUCGAUGGCCCUGCACUUCCUCAUCCUGCUGGUGCCACCCCUGCCUCUCAUUUUUCAGGUGACCCCUCUGAGUGGCUACCAGUGGGUGGUGGUGCUCCAGAUUUCUCUGCCUGUCAUUCUGCUUGAUGAGGCCUUCAAGUACCUGUCCCGGAACCACCUGGACGAGAAAAAGGAGAAGUGAGCGGGGCCGGCCUGGGCACCCACAUACACCCAGCCCCUGCUCCACCCACCCACCGCGCUUGCCCGCUCACUCACCUGGCGACACUGAACUCUGGACGGCAACACGCAGGUCUCUGGUCUGGAGUCUCACUUCCAUCCACCUGUGUUUGUGAUGCCCGGGAGACUUCGCCCCAGAAGCUCUGGCCCUGGAGCUGCAGCCCUGAACAAGCCACUGGCCCAGAAGUCGACCGAGGCACAGGGCCACUCAGCCUGCAGAUCCAGAGCACAUUCCAGGGCUCACCCCCUGCUCCACAGCCAGCCAUUUCCUCGGUGACUGGCGCCACUGCCCUGACAGGAACUCCCAGGGGCCGCCCCAGCUUCUCUCAGGGCCUCCUCGCAGGGUGCUCAGGACAUCUGGGUCCAGCUGUGCAGUCAGGGCCAGCAGCCUGCUCCACUCCACACUGUUGCCACAGAGUCGGCUCAGAGCACGCGCGUCUGUUCCUGUUUAUAUGUGCAGGGAGGUGGGAGGGUCAGAAAGUGGGUCAUGGGGGAAGGAGGCAGGCAUGAAGCCCCUUUCCCAGGAGGCAGCCUGCCUGCCUCAACUCUGGGCAACCCCCUGCCCUAAACAGAUGAGAUCCUGGUCUUUGCCUGCUGGAUGGAGCUUGGGUUUGCCCUCGGAACCCCUUAGCACUUGAGUGAGGUGUGUGGGUCCCUGACCCCAGGCCUCCCCUAUUGCUUCAUGAGAGGCCAACAAAGGUUUGAGUAGCUGGAGGUGAUGCUUCAUCUUAGGGACUGGGGGCCUCUCCCAGGCUCCUACCCCACUCUGAGACAAACAGAAGUUGUGAAGGAUGGCUUAUGGCAUGCCCUUCUCUCAUGGGAACCUGUGAUCACGUGAUCCAUGUCAGAGGACAGGAAAAAGCUUUGGGGAACAGGAAUGUUCUCCUAACUCUGCUUUUGCCCCUUUUGUAAAAAUGAGUGUAGAAGAAAGCAGUUGGUGACUCUUCCGCCUAAGGGAGUGACCACGUGAUUGUUUUAUUCGUCAGUCAAGAUUCAUAUCCCAGGCCUAGUCCCCACAACUGGAAGCCCCCCAUCCUUGCCUGGGCAGUAAAUGGGCUUCCUGCUCCAUGACCCCUCCCCUCUAUAGAAGGUUCUAGAAGGGCUGCAAAGAUGGUGUCUUUCCUGCUGGAGAAAGGGUGGGGAAUCCCCAGUAGGGCAGGACCCUGUCCAUACCCACUGAUCUGCAGGUAGAGAAAUAAACGUUGAGUGCCUAGGGC